AUUUUGAACAUUCAAGCAGAAACUGAAGAAGAAACGCGAUUCACGCUUCGAGCCAGUUCGUGGCGGUGUUGCACGACAUCGCUCUUAGCAACUGCAACAAAAGCGUAAAGAAGAAACGGAACUUCCGGUAAAGCUAGGCUUCGGUCGGUACGCGCGUGAAACAAAGUUUGUUUUGGUGUUCAAGCUUUUCAAGAUUAAUGAUGAACAGUGAUGAAGUAAUCAUCCUCAGUGAUGAUGAUGACUACGACGAGGACAAAGAAAAGGACUGCAUUGUAGUUGACGUGAAUAAUGAGAAGAAGCCUGAGUCCGUCUCUUCUUUAAGCAUUCAAGAUGAAGAUCUGGUUGUUACCUUCUCCCGCCAGGCUGAUGUAUUGCCUCAUGCUCGCUACGACUGUCCUGUUGUCCCUUUCACGCUCACAUACAGUGAAACUGAAGCUCCAGUGGCUGGCAACAAACUCUUCUGUGAGCAGUGUUACUGCUACAUCUGUGACAAACUGGCGUCGUUGUGUGUUGUGUGGUGUCAGAGUGGACUAUGUCACUGCAACAGCCACAAGAGAAGUGACUUCUGGAACAAUACGAGAAACGUUGUUCUGUUGGGGGAACUGAAUAAGUUCAACUUCACCCUGUCAGAGGUCGACUCUCACCUCCGAGAUGCAGGCACAAUGCUGCAGAAAUUCAGAACAGACCUCUAUGCACUUUUCUCACACAUCAUAAUGGAUCGAACAGGGCAUCAGCAGUACCAGCCCACUUCUGGUCAUGAUGAAAAGAAACUGUUGGAGUUUGUGUCACGGUUCCUGGAGCAAGCAGACGGACUGAACAGCAGAGCUACAGUUGUUCUGUAUCUCGGAGUGGCUAAAGCUUUUAAUAGACUUUUCUACUUAUUAGGGCCUACAAGACAACUUCCCACAUAUGAAGGUGUUAAGGAGGAGUUACUACAGAAAGUGAUGAAAACUGUCCAAAGACACAUAGUGAUGGGCGAUUUCACUCCACAGUUUAUUCACAAGUUGCAGGAUUUUUACCAGAAAAAGGUCUUUUUACCAUGUGAGAUGAAGUACUUGAAGAACAGUCCUUGUAUUCGCCUCUGGAACGACGUCCUGCUGGUGUCGGUGUUGAAGGGACAGAACGUGUUGGGCUAUCGGAUGGACAAGGGCAAGAAAGACGUCCUCUUUGAACCGAUUUCUGUGGUGCAACUGAGAAGUGAGCGGCUUCAGCAUCAGCACAGGUACCGAGAGUUGUGUCGAUAUCUGCGAGUGGUCCAGAGCAAUGAUUCCACACUGUUCCAGCAGCUUCGAGACCUCGUCCCUUUCUUCUUCUGCCUGUUGGGAAACUUCUCAUCGGCUAUAAUGAAUCUCUUCCCUCCAGCCAACGCUCCCGCCUCCCGCUUCUCCCCACAGCUCUUCCUCGUUUUCCUCCGAAUCUUUCAGACAGCGACUGCACCAAAGCUGAUGGUCACCCACAUGGAGCAGCUGUGCAGUUCCAGUGCAACGUGGGAGCCGAUUGAAGCAGCUGAGCCGAUGAAGUGUGUCGACCUGGUGAAGUUUGCUCUCAGGGCUCAGAGAUUCUCCACAUCUGUCCUCUCUGACUCUCAGUGUUGGACAAGUUUACUUCAAAUCGUCAACUCUCCUGCUCUACCUGCUCCCAGCCCACAGUUUCUACAUGACGCUCAGGAUGUUGUGAAGUCCCUACUCUGCGAGAAGGUUUCCAACAUGCCCAUCCCUCGCACCUUUCUGGAGGUGUAUCCAGAUCAGGCCUUGCUGCUGUUGGUAACGGGAGCUUUAGGUGCACAAAUCCUCGAUGCGUCUCUGAGUCCUGCUCUACCUGUUCUCAGCACCUUUAAGGGGAAUUUGUGGGCUCUGCAGUGGUUAUUUGAGAGUCUGGCUGAGAGUAAAGAGCGUUUUGAAUCCAUCCGUCAGCAGAUCACACUGGAAGCAGCAAACACUACAGAGAGCUCACUGGCUGCUGGAUGGAUCCAAAGUUCGCAGCAGCAGUCUCCUCCUGAAGCUACGUAGGAGCACAGCAGUAUUAUCCUGGGUGAUGCUUGAUCCCGCAUUACAUCUGUGCCAUUUUUUUCUCCACGCUGGAUAAGAACAUGCAUCACAUGACUCGUGUUUCCUGUUGGAGUGUGCUCUCCAGACAAGGCUUGGCUUGUUAUCGCCAACAUUCAGAUCAUCUCUGCUUCUGAUGACGGGAAGUUUGAUGUGGCUUCACCUGUCGGUUGUCAAGACCCCCAAGCUAGUUUCACUUUAAACUCUGACUUUUUGAAUGCUAUUUCUUAGUUGAAGAUUUAAAUAUUUACUUUAUUUCUAAUCAUAUAUAAUUAUUUUAUAAGCUGUUAACUGAAUGUGUAAAAACUUUAGUUUUUUUAAAUUGAGAGUUGCUGCUCAGCACGUAUAGUGUUGAGUGUUUUAAAUGUGACUUUAUUUGCAAUAAAAACACAUUUUCACACAAAAAAAGCAUAAAGUUUUAUUCAGAGUUUUGCACAAGUGUCGGUCACCUUUUAGGUUACAGCAUGUUUGGUAACACAUAAAGCAUCUUAGCGUGUUUACUAACUAAAAACAUUAGACGAGUGGGACAACCCACACUGACCACCGUUUCUGAUGGGUUAGAACAGUUGAUGAAUGAAAAAAGUCUUCGGUUGGAAAGAAAACUAACCAUCCUGGGACGAUCUGUUCACUUCCAAAAUGGCAAAUAAAGAAAACUUGCUUUUCAUGCCAGUAGAAUUUUGUUUUACAAAUUUUACCAUAUGUCAGUAAAAAAGUCUCUUUGUUAAAGGUUUUAGUUCUCUAUUUUACCUGCAGGGCUAAGAAACCGUACCUUCAGAACACCUGUCAUGUUUUAUGGGUCAUGUUCUGUAAAUGUUCCAUGUUGUGGAAAAGAUGUUGACAUGGUAGAGGAGGUAAGCAGAACCAACUCAAAGCUUUAGUUGGUUUUUUUUAGCCACUAGAUAAACACACUGAGGUAAAAGUUGCUUGUUUUCCUUUUCUUUGUGGCAUCCUGCAGACCUCUGACAGAAAAACACGUUUUCACUCAAGUUUCCCAGUUAAAGGAUUUAAAUUCACAUUUGAGAUAAAAUUCCAGUUUAUUGUUGAUUUGAGCUCAACAUGGAGUUGUGAUGUAAUCUUAAUACUGCUGAUUGGAAGUUUUUAUGUGUUUUUUUUAAUUGAUUGUUUAUAUAUUUUCUUAAACAUCUUUGUACUUGUUGAAUCUGGUUUUUUUUUUUUUUUGUCCUUUUCUGUCGAUGUGCCACUACUGGAAACUGAAUUUCUCAGAGGAACGUUCCCGAGGGAUUAAAAUGUACUUGACUCUA